GUUUGAAACCUCCGCGGCCACGUGAGCGCAAACUUUCUGUCGUUUCGCGGAAGUGACGUCAAGGAAGUGAUGGCGGCCCGUGCUGCUCCACCGUAUUGGCUUUAAACUGUUGUCAGAGGUGAGAAACCGUGCGCGUUUUCUUUUCGCUUUCACCGAAGGCUCUCCGAAAGCGGCGCGCGGUGCUUUUAAAGCCGCGGCGGAUGGACGGUGGCGCUUCUCUCGGCAGCACGGAGACGUUUUCUCGACGCUCCAGUCGGUUUGACCGCUUUAGCCAACGAGCGUCUGAAGAAAGUACCUCUCUAAAGAUCAAGACAUUCAUCAAGUGAUAUUUUAUACACGCACUUUAGCGCCCUCCGUGCGUUGAUUAGAGUUGACGCGCGUCGGGACGCUCCGGUGUGAAGUGCUGAGGGCUCGGCGGGCUCUGAUCUGCACAGGUGUGUUGUGCUGCUCCUCUCGGACUCUCUGGGGUUAUGGUUGACAUGCUGAAGACCCGCCAGUGUCUGCUCGGUGUGCGCGCUUUCCUCGGCGUGACCUCCAGAAUAUGGAGCUUCUUCUUGUACAUCCUCAGGAAGCACAUACGAACGAUAAUCCAGUAUCAAACCGUGCGCUAUGACAUCUUACCAUUGUCACCCCUUUCCAGAAACAGACUCAACACCGUGAAGCGAAAGAUCUUAGUUUUAGAUCUGGACGAGACGUUGAUCCACUCGCAUCACGAUGGCGUUCUCAGACCGACAGUGCGGCCAGGAACACCGCCAGACUUCAUCCUCAAAGUGGUAAUAGACAAACACCCGGUCAGAUUCUUUGUGCAUAAAAGGCCGCAUGUGGACUUCUUCCUGGAGGUGGUCAGUCAGUGGUACGAGUUAGUAGUGUUCACUGCUAGUAUGGAGAUCUACGGAUCCGCAGUAGCUGAUAAACUGGAUAACAACAAGGGAUUCCUGAAAAGAAGAUACUACAGACAGCACUGUACGCUGGAUUCAGGUAGUUAUAUUAAAGACCUGUCCGUCGUACAUGAAGACUUAUCAAGUGUAGUCAUUCUAGACAACUCGCCGGGAGCAUAUCGCAGUCAUCCAGAUAAUGCAAUACCUAUAAAGUCAUGGUUUAGUGACCCCAGUGACACAGCACUUCUUAACCUGCUGCCCAUGCUGGAUGCACUACGAUUCACGGCAGACGUACGGUCCGUCCUGAGCAGAAAUCUCCACCAGCAUCGACUCUGGUGAUCAUCUUCAAGGCCGCUUUUCUUUUUCUUUUCUUUUUUUUAACUGCUUCCCUGAGCGGCAUCUGCCUGUCCGUUCUCCCUCGACUCAUCGCCUCCCGUCCCGGAAACAGCCAUCGGGAGGAGAGUCUGUCCCGAACUCAAAGGGGAUGGAAAAGGCAAACUUUAGGAUGUUUUUUUCCCUUCUUCAGAAUGGAGUCUCUGCCUUACAGCUCUACCGAUGCUGAGUGUGUGUGUGUGUGUGUGUGUGUGUGUGUGUGUGUGGUAUGUGUGUAUGAGGACAUCUGCUGUUUUUCUUUUUAAAUAUCUGAAGAUAUUUGAGGCAAGAAAAACAGACCUUUUCAUGACUUGCGUCUUCAAUCCCAGCUUGGGACGUCAUACCUCACUUUAAAGGUGGUGCGAAUAGAGAUCUGCUCAGAACUGGCCAGCGGCACUCUGCACAUCGAAUAGAGUUCACUGGAAAACUGUCGAUGACACGGAUUAUGACGGACUGGGAGACUUCAGGGUUAUCGUGGUAUAGUUGUAUAUGCUAUUAUUAAGGUACUGUCUUUGAAGACAUGGGGUUUUAAUGACUUCUGUAUGGUAAGCCUGUCCAAAUUCAGAUCAUGGAGAUAAAUUCUGCCGCAGAUUCCUAAGUUUUAUUCUUCUGGUCAGUUCUCAUCUUAUUUUAUUCUUGGCAGUGAAUGAAUUUGUCAUGAUUAUCAGGGAGGAUGCUUUGAAGAAGCUGAAGGACAGAUUUUAAGCCUUUCUGCUCUUAUUCUUCUCUACAGAAUGUAUGUGGUCGGUUAUGAAAUCCUACCACCUGGACGCCUUUUUACAAAUGUGUUUUUUUUUUUUUUUUUUUUUCUUUCCUGAAAAUGUAAUAAUGGCAAGACUUGAAUUUAUAAAACUUCAUUGUACUGAAGAGCUGACUGAGCAACAGACACCUUUUGUUUUUUACUCGAGGCCAUGUUGGUUUCUCUGUGCACCCUUCAGAUAAUGUCAGUGCUAUUCUCUUCAAUCUAACACUUGUUAAGUCUCAAGGCAGCUUCCUGGGACACAAGUCCGUAGACCUGUGCACGUUACUAAUAAAAACGUGUCACUAUCCUA